AUGCCUUCUUCUUCACAGUUGAUCGCAAGUUCUACCUCGCUCUUAUCGAAACGGCCCGAAUCGCCAUUACUUGGAAUGUCAUCCGUUGUGCUGGCAUGCAUGUGUUCCGGGUUCGCUGGCGUCUUCUUUGAAAAACUGCUAAAGGAAACCGUCCAAAGCGUGGCCAUGCGCAAUAUACAACUAUCGCUGUACGGCAUCGCUGUCGGUCUGAUUGGCGUCUUCCUCACUGACGGUAAAGUUGUCCUUGAUCGUGGAUUUUUUGUUGGCUACGACUGGCUCGUCUGGCUAACCAUCUUUGUUCAGUCGCUGGGUGGUCUCCUAGUAGCUGCGGUUGUCCGUUACGCCGAUAACAUUCUUAAAGGUUUUGCCACCUCGGCAGCUAUAGUGAUUAACUUUGUUCUCUCUAUCUUCAUAUUCAACUUCCAAUUAUCAUACGGAUUUGUGGCAGGUGCAUUACUCCUCCUCGGCUUGGACACUAUCAAGGCCGACACCACCGAUUACCUUAUUGACACAAACCAUUUCAAAAGUCUUUCUGAACCCCCCGCCGCAAUUGCACCACUCACUAACUACGCUCGUGACUACCACUGCUAUUUCACUUAG